AUGAUCCUCUACAGCAAGAACUACUGGGGCUUGCCCCUGCUGUGGCGCAUCUAUGGCUCCGCCUUCCCGCGCACCCUCCCCUUCGCGCUGGUGAGCGGUGUCAUCACGCUGAUCCUGGAGUGGACGGUGGCCGAGGACAAGGACGGCGUGCCCAGCACGGCGCGGCGAUGGUGGGAGCACCCCUACCCCUACCAGACCUUCGCCUUCAUCGUGGGCUUCAUGCUCGUCUUCCGCAGCAACUUCGGAUACGGGCGGUACUGGGAGGGCCGCACCACGCUGCAGCUGAUGUCCGCCAAAUGGAGCGACGCCGUGAUCCAGGUCCUGAAUUUCGACUUCGGGACGCUGCCGCCUGACCUUGACGACGAGGGCAAGCGGAGGGCACGGCGCUUCGGCGACACCUUCGUGCACCUGAUGAGCCUGCUGCACGCUGUGGCGGUGCAAAACCUGAGGAAGGACUGGGAGCUGGACAACCUGCGGCCGCACGACCAGGGCCAGCCGGAGCCCCCCAUGGACCCGCGGUACAUCAAGGACGCCACCAAAAAAGGCAUGCGAUACAUGACCGUCAGCGACUUCACGCACCUGCGGUCAGGAAAGAAUCACAUCAAGUUGUAUAACUCAAUCAUGCCCCUGGGAGUGGUGGGUGGCAUAACUGAGGACGAGUUUGUGGGACUUGGGAAGGACUUGAAAGAUUCUGGCGAUGAGGACCCUGGCGGCCUGUCCAGGGGGGCUCGGCUGUCCAAUGGAGUUGUCGUUCCUGGACCCGCAGAACGCGUGCAGGUGGUGAUGUCAUGGGUGCACCAGAUCGUUUUGGAGCGCCGCCGUGAGGGUGGACUUGCCAUCGAGCCCCCGAUCUUGACCCGUGUGUACCAGGUCCUGUCAGAGGGAAUGCUUGGCUAUGAGCAGUCUCGAAAGAUUAUGGACACGCCUUUCCCCUUCCCAUGGGUGCAAUUCGUCACUGUGUGCCUCCUGCUGUAUGCCCUGACGGUGCCCAUCGUCAUCUCUGCCUACAUCACUGAGGACUGGCUGGCUUUUCUUCUGACGAUCUUUGCUGUAAUGACAUAUUACGCGCUUAACGAGGUGGCCCGUGACCUUGAGGACCCGUACGUGUACGACCCCAACGACCUGCCCAUGGCGCGCCAUCAGUACGCCUUCAACGAACGCAUCCUGUCCCUGUCUGGCACCAAGCGGCCAUUCAGCCCCACAGAGCUGGGCAUCGCGCGGCUGCGGACCAUCGUGAGGAGGGACAAGAAGCCAGAUGGUAGGCAAGUGGAGUUGCCAUUGAGGGAUAGGCACCCGACCAAUGUGCCCUCCAUGCCAUCUGUGCCAUCCUCACAAGAGAACCGCAUUGGCGGUGUGUCCAGUGUGGACGUCCGGCUGUUUGCCAAUAACGAGGAACCCGACCUUAACCAGGUACUGGCUCUACAGCUCAGCCCACACGAGUCGCGCACCGGAAGCCAAUGA